ACCAUACAAAAGUACAGGAUAAACUUGCUAGAAAUGGAAAGAAUUUCUCAUUUUCCUUCCUACCACUCGAACUUUCCCUGAAAAUGCCAAAUAAGAAGAAAAUAGCAAGAAAAGUUAAGAAAUAUUGUUCCAUAGUACCUCAGCUUUUCCUUAUAUUUCUGAAACACAGUUGCAUCAGGGUAGACAAACGUCAGUUUUUCUCACAAUUGGAUAAGGUUGUGAUUAACUCAUCCAAUAUGUACCAUGUUCAAACUGAUAAAAAUAGCUAGAGAAGUUGACAACUUUAACUAAACAUGGGAAAUUUAAAGUUGGGUUUUUCUUUCUUGAUUUUCUGUUCAUGUCUGCUGAUCUCAACCAGCUCUGCACAGAGUAAUAAUCUACCAUCUCAAGAUCAUAAGAACUUUCCCUUAUUCAUCUUCGGUGAUUCUAUAUUUGAUGCUGGUAAUAAUAAUUACUUGAAAACUGCUGUUGCUCGUGCAAAUUUCUGGCCGUACGGAGAAACAUUCUUUAAGUGUCCUACUGGGAGGGCCUCCGAUGGUCGAUUAAUUCCAGAUUUUAUUGCUGAAUAUUUGAAAUUACCAUUCAUCCGACCAUACCUUGAGCCGAACAAUCAUCACUUUACAAAUGGUGUGAAUUUUGCAUCAGGAGGAGCUGGUGCUCUGGUCGAAACUUUUCAAGGAAGAGUUCUAGACCUUAAAACUCAGGUUACUUACUUCAAGAAAGUGGAGAAGCAGCUAGGGCAGAAACUGGGUAAUACAGAAACAAAGGCAUUAUUAGCAAGAGCUAUUUACUUAUUCAACAAUGGAGGCAAUGAUUAUGCAUCAUCACCUUCACUAAUAAACUCCAGUAGCGUGUUUAACCACUCAAGAAAAAAAUAUGUAGCUAUGGUUAUUGGCAACUUGACGACUGUGAUCGAAGAAAUAUAUGAGACUGGUGGAAGAAAAUUUGGGGUUUUAAGCAUUGGAGCAUUGGGGCUUUUACCAGUUGUGAGAGCAAUAGAAGAAAAUGUUUCAAGUGGUUUUAGUGAACAAGUUACAAUUCUUGCUAAAUUGCACAAUAACGCUCUUUCUAAUGUGCUUAAGAAGCUACAGAGACGGCUACAAGACUUUAAAUAUUUAUAUUUCGAUACCUACAGUUUCACGAUAUGUAGAAUUAACAAUCCUUCAAAGUAUGGUUUUAAGGUGGCAAAAGCAGCAUGUUGUGGAAGUGGACCCUAUAGAGGAUUGGGAACCUGUGGAGGCAUUGGAAAUAAAGAAUAUGAAUUAUGUACAAAUCCAAGUGAAUAUUUGUUCUUUGAUGGCAUUCAUCCCACAGAGAAAUUCAAUUAUCAACUUGCAAAGCUGAUGUGGAAUGGAAGCCAUAAGCUUACAAGGCCAUACAAUCUCAAAACACUAGUUGAAUCAUAGAUAAAAUGUACACUACCAUUGUAAAUUUAUCUACACACGGCGAUGGUGUACGAGACUAACGUUAUAAAUAGUGUUUUGUUUUAAACGAAAGUAUUUGCAACUAUAAACUCGAAGUUCUUUUGUUAAA